AUGAAGAUCGCCAGCCUACUUCCCUUAAGCGAAGCCACUGGGUCUGCCCCCCAAACGCCUCAAAUCAUUAGAAAUCCCCGUGGCAGCCACAACAACAGCGGCAUCGGCGACUCAGAACUGAGUGCCUCGGAGCGGAGUCGACGACUGAUACCCUACAUGGCCUUCUAUCUGCCCGCCCCCGAGUUGCCCAUCAAUCAGCAGUAUGCUGCAACGAAGCACUCGUCAUCGGCUGGUGGGGCACAGCUGCAGGCGCCGCCGCCAGGACCUGGAAGGAUACCAGUGCCGGUGGCCUACAUGCCGCAGCAGAAGCACCAUGCCCACCACCACGGACCACCGCAUCCGCCACCAGUUGCCACGCACUAUCAGUCGGGAGCAGGCGAGGUGUACCACUCCUUGGCCAUCGGGGGCCACCAGCAUCAGCAGCAUCCCCACGCGCCCCCACAUCCGCCACCUGGUCAUGUCAAGGAGCAGUCGGCGAUCAGCGAUUCUGGUGCCACUUUUAUUGCCUACAAGCCAUUGAACCCGACGCACAAGCACAAGACAGUGCAGCAUUUUCCGCCGCUGCCGCCGUCGCCCAAGGAGCAACUACAGCAUCCCCAGCAGCACCACCUCCUCCUGCACCAUCAACACCAACAACCACAGCAAUUUGAGAUACUAUCACCGGCUUUGGUGUCAUCCCAGCCGCAGCGGCAGCGAGGCAAACAAUCAAAAAUCAAUUUAACGCCAUUUACAGCGCAGAACACAUUGCCGGGACAGUUUAUACCCAUUAUUUAUACGCCAGUGAGCAGCGGCAAGCCGGGCUCCACCAAUACCAUAAAUUACAAUAACUUCCAAAGCAACCUGAAGCAGCAGCAGCCAGAAAUUGUCUAUAAAAAUUCCCAUCAAACACAAAUCGUUACGGAUUAUGCAGCCGCUGGAGCUGUUGCCUCAGCCGAACAACCACAACAGCAGCCCUCAUCAUCGUCGUCAUCGGACGAGGAGUUGGAAAAAGAAGAGAGGGAGGAGGAGCAGCAGCAGCAGGAGGACCAUGUAGCCCAAGAGGAGGCGGUGGGGCAGCAACAACACCAACAGCAAGUGCAAAGCAAUCCAAGCAUUGGCUACGCUUCCGUCUCGGUUCCCGAUUCGAGCGCAGUUACCGCCACCACUUCCUCGAAAAACGCAUUGGUAAUUCAUCAAAAAUCGCCGACAUACGGCCAUGUGAGUAAAUACGAAAGUUACUUCAACAUGGCCCCGCCCACGACUAGCGUUGCCCAUCAUCCUCCUCAUCAGCAGCAUCCGCAUAUGACGCCGCAGGAGAAAUAUGUGCUUUACUUACAACAGCGCAUGAAACACCAAAAACAUCAGCAACAUCAGCAUCUGCAGCAGCAGCAGCAUUACGACUUUUCACAUCCGGUGGUGCCGGCGCAAAGCAAUACACUGGCCGGCAGCCACCAUCCACAACAACACACCCAUCUGCAUCCCCAUCAUCCCCAGACCAAGACCCAUCACCCAAACAAGUACGACGACCUGUACGUAAGACCGGAUGCGACUGCUGGCCAACAGGUGCUGCACAUCCCGCUGCGCGCCCUCAUGGCCCACGUCCAAGAGCAGUCGCACUCCCAGUCGCAAUUGCAAUCGGAGUCGCAGGCACAGCCGCCGCGGCUCGAGUUUGCCAAGGAUGAGCCGCUUGGUUCCCCAGCACCGCCGAAGUUUAUUGAAUAUCUAAUAGAUGGGCCAAGGCAAUCUCUGGACGAGGAGCAGCAGCAUUCGCAGCAUGAACGUCCCUCGGCCCAUCAGCCACCGCAGCAUGCUUACAUCCUGGUGACCACAACAGCUCCACAUAUAGAGCAUCAGCCGGCGCCACAAAUGCAUCCGGAAAUUUCCACUCCACGACCACCGAUUCUCUAUAACCAACAGCCCACGCUUCGCUUGCAGCCAGUGCAUAAUUACAAGGCCACCAGGCGUCCCAUUUACGUGACCACGCCCUCGCCAACGGUAGAGAUUACGCCGAAAUAUGUUUACGUAUCCGGCAAACCUCCGAGUGGCCAGAAGCCAGAGUUACCACAUAGGGAACCCUCCACGGUAACGCCCAUUAAGCUAAAACCCGUCUAUCAAUACGCCCACGAGCGACCGCCAUUAACGCCAGUCCUUAGGCCAGAGGAUGAUGAUCAGCUACCCGAUAUACGCACCUCAUCGCUGGCCGAAAUUCUUCAUAAGCUUCAGGCCAGCAAUCAUCUGCCACAAACCUUAACACCUGACAAUAUCGACAACUCCAUCAAAACAUUGAUUCGAAUACUGCAAAACCUAAAGCAAACCCAAACCAUUGUGGCCAAUCCUCCGCAGCAUCACGAGGAGCACAAGCCCAGUUCGCAGGACUACGAUUACAAUACGGGCAGCGAGGAGGAGCAUCAUUCCCAGUCAGAGGAGGCCAAACCCAAGGGUCCAAAUAAACAUCCAGGACCAAGCACAGGAAGAGCUGGCAUUGAUUAUCCCAACUAUGCGGAGAUCCCUCAAACAAGCUUUGAGUGCACCAAGCAACGAUACAAGGGAUUCUUCGGCGAUCCAGAGACCAAUUGCCAAGUAUGGCACUAUUGCGAUCUCAAUGGAGGAAAGGCUUCAUUUCUCUGUCCCAAUGGAACAAUAUUCAGUCAGAUUGCUUUGACCUGCGACUGGUGGUUCAAUGUCAAGUGUUCGACAACAGCACAGCUUUAUGUGCUCAACGAGCGACUCUACAAGUACAUCCUGCCCUUCAAUCCCAAGUUCCCCGAGGACUAUAAUGGGCCCAUUGUCGAUAAAUACCUAGCCAUGAAGUUCCAGGAAAUGGAGGAAAAGAUGCGUCAGGAGAAGCAACGCAAAGCGACUCAGCAGGCUGAAAAGCCUGCUGAAGCUCCAUCCACACCUGCGAUGCCCAAAAAUCAUAAACCUGAACCCAAACAUGGUAGCGGAAUUAAUGCCCAGGUCUAUGAGCAAAGCUCGGAGAGAAAUCUGCUAAUCGAUGAUGAAAUAGAUGAUAUAUCGGAGCGUGGAACUUAUGAUACGUACGAUCAAACAGCGCCCACAACUAUAAUGGCACCCACCAGCACCCAGGACACACAAUCCUAUGUCCUAAAGCCCAUUGUAGUGUCAUCCACUCCACAACCGAAUCAAGAGAUUGAUUUCGAAGCUGAACCAACGGCUCCCGGAAGCAGCGAAGAGGAGGAUAAACUACAAAGUUUGAGAGAAACAAAGGAAGCGGAGAAAAAAAGUCGGGAAACCACAAGAGUUAGCGUAGAAAAGCUGGAAGUAAUCGAGAUCAAAACCGAUGGAAACACCGGACAACUGAUGCCCAUAAAGGAUAGUAGCAAAUGAGCAUUCUGAUGACAAAAAUUAUAUAGCUUGCCAUAUUUGUAAUGAGAAAUUCGCCUGCGAGUUGGUUGUAUAAUCCCUAAAUUAUUCUUAGCGAGCAAGUACUGUAAAUAGCUAGCUGUAAAUGCAACUGUAUACAUACCUAUAGCUAUAGUGAAAUAAAAUCUGACUAGUAAGUAAAAAA